GAAACCGAUCAUUUUUUUUACCUGUCGUCAGUUUUUAUUUGUUGACAAAUCUGAUUUGAGAAUGAUCAACAUCGAGCUUAUAAUGACUGUUGCUUGUUUUCGGACUUGUUAGAAUCGAAUUUUCCAAAGUAACUACGUUUUUGGAGAAAGCUCUGAAGAAGACAACGUCAUUUUGUGUCUUCUCUAUUCUACUCUCCACUGCAGAGACGAAUUGCAAGCUCGAAAAGACAAUCAAGUACAGAAAAAAAACGACGUUUAUCCCAACAUUCCAUUUGGUUUUAAAGAAAAUAGGGAAAACGUAGAAGUCACCAUGAGUGUUGAUCGUGUUUUCGGACCUUGGGACUAUGUGGUAUUUGGAAUCGUUUUGAUCGUGUCCGCAGGAAUCGGGCUUUUCUACGCCUUCACCGGCGGAAAGCAGCGGACAACCAAAGAGUUCCUCAUGGCCGACCGCAAUAUGAGGCUUCUGCCGAUAGCAAUCUCCAUUCUGGUGUCCUUUAUUUCUGCAAUCAUGAUUCUAGGGACGGCCGCUGAGAUGCACACGGCAGGCACGGAGUACUGGAUGUUAGCCUGGGGAAUGAGCAUGUCCAACAUCAUGGCGGCCCUCAUAUUUGUACCGCUGUUACACCCCUUGAAACUGACCAGCUCCUAUGAGUAUCUGGAGAGACGGUUCCAGCAUCGUGCUGUGAAAUUGGUGGGUUCCGUGAUUAUGCUGAUUCAGCAGAUACUGUACAUGGGUAUCGCCUCUUAUGCUCCAUCCACAGCUCUGGAAGCAGUGACCAAGUUCCCAGAUUGGGCUACAAUCAUCAUUGUCUGUAUGGUGGCGACCUUCUACACUACACUGGGUGGGAUGAAGGCCGUUGUAUGGACAGAUGUAUUCCAAGCCGUUAUCAUGGUUGCUGGGCUGUUCGCUGUGAUAAUACAGGGUGCCAUUUCGGUGGGAGGUCUAGGUGAGGUUUGGAGACUGAACGAAGAAUGGGAUCGGAUAAACUUUCCAACAUUUCACCCCGAUCCCACGAUAAGACACAGCUUCUGGAAUCUAUUUGUUGGCGGCACAGUCAGCUCUAUGUCUAACUUCGCCAUCAGCCAGGCCAGCGUUCAGCGCUACUCUACACUGUCCUCUGUCAGGAAAGCUCAAGUGUCACUGUUAUUGAACUGUAUUGGAGUUGUAUUGAUGAUGACUCUGACAUGUCUGUCAGGCGUGGUUAUCUUCUCUUACUACGCCCAGAAAGGUUGUGACCCUUUGGCUUCCGGUGAAAUCAAGAAUUCAAACCAGAUCGCCCCAUAUUUUGUGAUGGAAGUCCUAGGUUACCCGGGCUUACCCGGUCUGUUUGUGGCGUGUCUGUUUAGCGGAGCUCUCAGUUCUAUGUCAUCUUCCCUGAACGCUGCCGCCACAGUCACAUGGACAGAUUUCCUCAAGCCUCGUUUUGGACACCUUUCCAUGAAGAAACAAACUCUCAUUACGAAAGGCCUUGUCGUUGGAUUCGGCGUUAUAGGAAUCGCCAUGUCCUUCAUGGCAAGAAGUCUUGGUGGUACAGUUAUUCAGGCAGCCUCGGCUUUUACUGGAUCAGCAUCGGGGCCUCUGCUAGGACUCUUCCUUCUCGGUGGUGUCUUUCCCUGGGCUAAUUGGAAGGGAGCCGUGGUCGGGGGCAUAGUUGGACUGGCCUUCCCAAUGUGGAUCAACAUAGGCUCGUACACAUUGGACCCGGAGAGUCAUAAUCUCCCCUCCCCCAUAGAAAACUGUGAUCCCAUCGUCACCACACAGCCGCCGUCCGAUGUGGGGGACAUCACUGGUAUCAGCAAACUGUACACGGUAUCCUACCGAUGGUUUGCUUCCGUUGGCGUCGCCACGUGUGUCAUCGUGGGUUUGGCGGUAAGCUUUGCCACAGGGCCUACAAAGCCUGACCAGGUUGACCGGAAGUACCUCAUUCCGAUUUUUGAUAGACUCUUCUGCUGUCUCCCGGAGCGGGUUCUGGGUAAAUGCCGUUGUGGAACAACUUCUCAGGAAGACGAGGAUGAGGAGUUGGAUGAUCUGGAGACGAGCACUGAUCUAAAACAACAGUCGAUAAAAGGAAACAAAGUGGCGCCAGCUGAGUCUAAUGAAACCAACACUGAUUUCAAGCCACGGUCAUUAAACGAAAACAAAGAGGCACCGAUGAAGUCUGAUGAAGAGAUGAAAGAGCCAAACGGAAUCGAAAAGGGGGAAUUCAAUGAGAAAAAGGGAGAUAACUCGGAAACCAUUCAACACGGGAUUUAA